GCUCUCGGCGACAACAACAACAAUCGAACAAACAUGGCAAAAUCCUGUGUGCUGUCAAAAGAAAUAUUGGACGGUUUUGAUAAAUACAAAUAUAAUGCAGUGGAUACCAAUCCAUUGUCUAACUAUGUCAUGCAUCCAUUCUGGAACAGAGUUGUUAAGUUUGUUCCAUUAUGGAUUGCACCAAAUGUAUUGACAUUGGCAGGAUUUCUACUGAUGGUGCUGAAUUUUGUCACAAUGAUUUACUAUGACCUUGACUUUUAUGCCUCUAGUCGGGACCAUCCGGAACAUCCUCCCAUACCCAACUGGGUGUGGCUUAUGUGUGCUAUAAAUAACUUCCUAUCACAUACUUUAGAUGGUAUAGAUGGAAAGCAAGCAAGGCGUACAGGUACAAGCUCCCCGCUCGGUGAAUUAUUUGACCAUGGGCUUGACAGCUGGGCAUCUUUCUUUAUUCCGGUGGCCAUGUAUUCGGUGUUCGGUAGAGGUGAACACGGUGUAGAGGUGUUCAGAGUGUACCUGGUUCUACUAGGAGUGAAUUUCUGCUUUAUAAUAUCACACUGGGAAAAAUACAACACCGGCAUAUUAUUCCUGCCGUGGGGUUAUGAUCUAAGUCAAGUGGCAAUGACUAGUUUAUAUCUAUUUACAUUUGUCACCGGAUACGAAUUCUGGAAGUUCACAUUAUUUGGUUUUUCUGGUGCUGAAUAUUUCGAAAUUAUAAUGUACGUUGGUUUUGGAUUUUCCUUUCCAAUAACAAUCUGGAAUGUUUACAUAGGAUAUAGAGAUAAGACCGGGAAGAUGUUAAGUCUGUCAGAGUCACUCCGCCCACUAGUAUCAACUUUCAUACUAUUUGCUUUGAUGAUAACGUGGGCAAAGUAUUCGUCAUACGAGAUAAUACAAAAACAUCCUAGAAUAUUUUAUUGCACUACUGGAACAGUAUUCUCAAAUAUAGCUUGUCGGCUAAUUAUUGCACAGAUGAGCAACACACGGUGUGAGCUAGUCAACUGGUUGUUAGUUCCGUUAUUUACUAUCGUAAUAACGGUGUGUUUCCUCAGCCUCGGUGUUUUAGAAUUCUAUAUUCUCACAGGAUAUGGUGUCUUCGUCACAGUGUCACAUGUUUACUUCGGAAUCUGUGUUGUAAGGGAACUGUGUACCUUUCUUAACGUGAAUGCUUUUACUAUAUCAGCAUCAGAUUCAAACUUAACAAUAUCUACGUAGAAGACUUCUGUAUAAAAAUUGAUGAAUUUGUAAGGUGGAUGAGAUGUGUGAACAUUUCCAGAUUAAACCAUUUACUAUCACCAAAAAGGCGAAGAAUUGAGUCAACACGGUAUUUUACUACAGCUUUCUGGCUGAACAAGCACCAAAGAUUUACAUUACUGUAAAUGUAGUUAAUUUUUGCUUAGAGUACAAUUAUUGUAAAAUUUAGAUGAUAUUUUCUGCCAAAAAAGGGAGAUGUUGAGGUUUCGAAUGAUAGUAGAUGGAUUUUAUUUUGUUUUUUAGAAAAUUGAAAGGUUCAAUUAAAAUAAAAAAUUGAGAUUAUUUUUAGAAAAUAGAAUACAUCUUAUGUACGAGGGUUGUUCAAAGAUUACAAAGGCUGGUAUUGCUAUUAACCCUAAGCUUGCUAGGGGCAUCUGAUUUUACCAGUGUGACCAGUGCAGACCAAAUUAAACCAGCAAGUCCAUGCCAUCUGAUCAUGGUUUGCGCUGUUCGUUUUUUUAGUAAGUCUGAUCAUGGUCUGCACUCUUCACUAUUUAGACAGUCUUAUCAUGGUCUGCAUUGUUCACUAUUUAGACAGUCUUAUCAUGGUCUGCAUUGUUCACUAUUUAGACAGUCUUAUCAUGGUCUGCAUUGUUCACUAUUUAGACAGUCUUAUCAUGGUCUGCAUUGUUCACUAUUUAGACAGUCUUAUCAUGGUCUGCAUUGUUCACUAUUUAGACAGUCUGAUCAUGGUCUGCACUCUUCACUAUUUAGACAGUCUUAUCAUGGUCUGCAUUGUUCACUAUUUAGACAGUCUUAUCAUGGUCUGCAUUGUUCACUAUUUAGACAGUCUGAUCAUGGUCUGCAUUGUACACUAUUUAGUCAGUCUGAUCAUGGUCAGCACUGUUCACUAUUUAGUCAGUCUGAUCAUGGUCUGCAUUGUUUGGUAUCAGCACGCUUUGCUAUUUAAUCAGUAUGUUUUUUUUAAAGAUUUCCCCGGUUUUGUCAAGACUGAAAAUGGACAAGUUCAUUAGAUUUUAAGAUAUUACUUGGAAACAGGUCUACUGCUCAGUGCUCAUUGUCUAUGGAGACAACUGCAGUGCUGGAAUGCUUCAUUCUCCAUUUCUUUCACUUUCAACCCUUUACCUGCAGAAUUUCCUAAAUAAACUUUUUUUUCAUCCAAAAUAUGUAUGUUAAUAUUUGUAAAUUUUUAAACAACCCUCAUUUCAUAAUCUUUGUAAGAACUGGUAAUAAAUCGUUCAUAAAAAAUUAAAAUUUCAGUCAGCAUGUUUUAUUUAAUCUUUUAUACAUUAUAUCUAUUUUGAGAGAUUUGUGACUAGUGUAAUUUAAUAAAUGAAAUUCAUAUAUUUUAAUGAGAACUGUUUGAUUUUUAUAUUUUCAAAAGAUCUCAAUAAGUGUGUUCUUUAUUUAUUUAUUCACAAGUAUAAACAUUUUGUCUCAAAGUGCGGCAUUCACUCUUUGAAGAUUUUAACCAUUUUCUUAGUCACUACUGUUACUUGUAUAUAAGAUAAAUGAAUACAAUUUUAUUGAAGAAAAAAAUGAAGAAAAUGAAAUGAUUUUAUUUCAAAAUUCAAACAAUUUAUAUGAUAAAAAAAUGUCUCAGAGAAUCAUUAACACAGAUAAAUAUCUUCAUAUUUUAAAAAUAGGUGUAAACCCAUUUUAGGCUCGGAAGAGAUUAUCAGUAUCAAUAUUAUAGAACUCAGCCAGUUCUCACAUUUGAAGUUUUCUGACAAGGCCUUGAAGUUUAAGACUUUGUUCUCAGGAUAUUCAUUGGUCAGUAAGCAUACAGUGACAGUUUCUGACCAAUCAAAUGCCUAAGAUCUGAGUUUGAGCUUAAAGAUUUUUCUUUCUAACUUCAAACCCAGGGCUGUUUACUUUUGUAUGUUCAAUUUUAUUACUUUGACAGAAGAAAUGGACUGUUCUAAAUUUAAAACGGGCCAAGUCCAAUACAUAAAAGUAUUUGAAGAUUAUUGGAGAUAUACCUUGCUGAACUAAUUGCAUCACUGGGAGGGUUCAUUACAAUAAUUUAAUAACUUGUUUUAAAGUUUUGUUAUAUUGAACCUUGUUAUGUCUGUCUGUCUGUCUGUCUGUCUUCGUCCUGUCAAUAAAUGAGGGCUAAAGGGUUUAAGUCUAUGAUUUUUUUUGUCUAUUGAUCCAUUGAGGAUGAUAGCUUUUAUGAAGUUAUCAAUUAUCGCUUUCAAUAAAAUUAAAUUUUGUUAUUUUCAUUGAUUUUGAUUAAAGUUUUUCAAAACAAAAAAGUAUGAAAUUUGACAAGAAAUAUUGUGCUUGAAUGAGAUCAGAUAAUUUUUUAUCAUACUUUUUUCUUUUAUAUAUUAUUGUUCUGUAUCAAGUUAACAAUGGCAUCUUAAGCUAACAAAGUAAAAGGUUAUUUGUAAAAGCAGCUUACCUUCAAAUUCAAGUUUUGCUUUUGUCAUUAUAUUAUGUCCCAGGUCAAAUGUAGAAAUGAAGAGAUAUAACAUAGACAUACUCACUUAAAGACAGAAAUGACCUAAAACAUUUAAAAAUAUUCAGAAAUUGCCCUUGUUUGUUAGUAGAUAUAGAAAUAUGCUAAAAACAAUUAGUUAAUUAUAUGAUAUUUUGCAUAAUUCAGUUUCAAACUAUUAAAUUUUGUUUAUUCAUCCAUUUAAGAUCAGUAUAGAACCGGGUAAUUAUGUUGUGCUUUUUGUUUAAAAACCAUAUUGGCCAUAUGUAAAUACCUCAGUACACCAAAACCUAAAUGUUGUGAAGUUGUUAUGUACUUGUGUGUCAUACUUGAAAUUUAUUUAUGAACUCAUAAAGCCUAUAUGUUUGUAUAUUGUUAUUUCUUGUGUGUGAAAAUUAUAGCUAAGAUUCAAUUCUUCAUAAUUGAUUUAAUGAAUUGAUAUAGUGAUAUGCUUUAAAAUUCUGAAUGAUAUUUUUUGCUUGAUUAUUAUUAUUUUUUUUUUUUUUUUUCAAUAUUGAAUAACAAUACAAAAUAAAAAAAGCAACAGUUUUUUUUUGUGUGUGUGGAUUUUGUUUCAAAAUAAACGUUUAAUCUAAUUUUAGAUAAUUGGUAAUAUAUCCAUUUUUUAUUCUCAAUGUUCAUUCUUAAGUAUUAAGAUUUAAACGAAAUUAUAUGAUUUACUGGUAAUAUUUAAUAGCAACAUAACUAUCAUAAAUAAAUGCAUGAUCUCUGGGAAAUGUAUUUAGAAUAUCUGGACUUUGAUUAUAGUCAGUUUGAUAUUUUUAGAUCAGUUUUUAUGCCCCCACAAUGUGGGAGCAUAUAGCGUUGCACUUGUCCGUCAGUCCGUCCCGAAAUCUUGUGAACGCAACUCUUCUUAAACCGGAUGGCAGAUUUUGCUUAAACUUACAGGAAUGAACAACCUUAAUGUGUAGAUGGCAGUAAAGGAAGGAAUUUUCGCUGCGACCAAAUUUAACAGAAUUAUGGGCCUUUGUUGAUUUUUUCACUAGAUACUAUGUAGAAAUUUUGUGAACGCAACUCCUCUUGAACCGGAUGGCAGAUUUUGCUUAAACUUACAGGGAUGAACAACCUUAAUGUGUAGAUGGUAGUAAAGGAAGGAAUUUUUGCUGUGACCAAAUUUAAUAGAAUUAUGGCCCUUUAUUGAUUUUUUCUUUAUAUACUAUGUAGAAAUUUUGUGAACGCAACUCCUCUUAAACCGGAUGGCAGAUUUUGCUUAAACUUACAGGGAUGAACAUCCUUAAGGUGUAGAUGGUAGUAAAGGAAGGAAUUUUUGCUGCGACCAAAUUUCAAAGAAUUAUGGCCCUUUGUUGAUUUUUUCACUACAAUGUAUAUACUAUGUAGAAAUUUUGUGAAUGCAACUCCUCUUUAACCGGAUGGCAGAUUUUGCUAAAACUUACAGGGAUGAACAACCUUAAGGUGUAGAUGGUAGUAAAGGAAGGAAUUUUUGCUGCGACCAAAUUUUAUAGAAUUAUGGCCCUUUGUUGAUUUUUUCAUUAUAUACUAUGUAGAAAUUUUGUGAACGUAACUCCUCUUAAACCGGAUGGCAGAUUUUGCUUAAACUUCCAGGGAUUUACAACCUUAAUGUGUAGAUGGUAGUAAAGGAAGGGAUUUUUGCUGCCACCAAAUUUAACAGAAUUAUGGCCCUUUGUUGAUUUUUAGUUUUCAACUUGUGGCACAUGUAGUCCAAAAAAUAUUUGACCUAGAGUCAUAAGAUUGACAGAACAGUGGCGUGUGGGGGCAUCUGUGUCCUAUGGACACAUUUCUAGUUAUUUAUCAAUUAAAAAAAUUGAAAAAAUUGUUACAGCAUAUUUAUAUAAAGAGAACAUUAACAGUAUCUAUCUUCCAUCAAUGUCAAACCCCUCGCAAGGACGUAGACAUGUCAUAUAUCAGAGAUUGGUUCAAAUCUGGUUUUAUCUCCAUAGUUCAAAUGAAUGACAAUCGUUCAUACAAUGUAUUCUGCCAUAUACUACAUAAUUAUAUCUACAUAUUAUUUUCAAUUGCGGUCAAAGUUGUUGGCAUUAAUAGUAAUACUUAAUUAUACCCCCCAAAACGAAGUUUGGGGGGGUAUAUAGGAGUCACCCGGUGGUCGGUCGGGCGGUCGGUCGGUCGGUCCAGACGUCCGUUGCAUUUUCCUUGUCCGGAGCAUAACUUGAAAACUAAUGGUUGGAAUUCAAUAUAACUACAUACAAUGGUCAAGCACAUUGAGAGGAAAUGCAGUGCACAAGAACCAUAACUCUAUCUUGACUAAUUACAGAGUUAUUGCCCUUUGUUACUUUUCCUUGUCCGGGGCAUAACUUGAAAACUACUGGUUGGAAUUCAAAACAACUUCAUACAAUUGUCAAACACAAUAAGGGGAAGUGCAGUGCACAAGAACCAUAACUCUAUCAAAAGUAAUUACAGAGUUAUUGCCCUUUGUUGCUUUUCCAUUGCUUUUUUUUUGUCUGUUGCAUUUUCCUUGUCCGGAGCAUAACUUGAAGACUUAUGGUUGGAAUUCAAUAUAACUACAUACAAUGGUCAAGCACAUUGAGAGGAAGUGCAGUGCGUAAGAAACAUAACUCUAUCUUGACUAAUUACAGAGUUAUUGCCCUUUGUUGCUUUUCCAUUGCCUUCUUUUUUUGUCCGGACCAUAACUUGAAGACUAAUGGUUGGAAUUCAAUAUAACUACAUACAAUGGUCAAGCACAUUGAGAGGAAGUGCAGUGCAUAAGAACCAUAACUCUAUCUAAAGUAAUUACAGAGUUAUUGCCCUUUAUUACUUUCCAUUGCUUUCUUUUGUCCGGACCAUAACUUGAAGACUAAUUGUUAGAAUUUAUUAAAGCUUCAUACAAAUGGUCCAGCACAUUGAGAGAAAGUGCAGUGCACAAGAACCAUAACUCCAUUUUGACUUAUUACAGAGUUACUGCCCUUUGUUUCUUUUCCUUGUCCAGAGCAUGACUUUAAAAACUACUGGUUGGAAUUCAAAACAACUUCAUACAAUGGUCAAGCACAAUAAGGGGAAGUGCAGUGCACAAGAACCAUAAUUCUAUCUAAAGUAAUUACAGAGUUAUUGCCCUUUGUUACUUUUUCAUUGCUUUCUUUUGUGCGGACCAUAACUGGAAAACUUAUUGUUGGAAUUCAUUAAAACUUCAUACAAUGGUCAGCACAUUGAGAGGAAGUGCAGUGCAUAAGAACUAUAACUCCAUCUUGACUAAUUACAGAGUUACAGCCCUUUGUUACUUUUCCUUGUCCAGAGCAUGACUUGAAAACUACUGGUUCGAAUUCAAAACAACUUCAUUCAAUGGUCAAGCACAAUAAGGGGAAGUGCAGUGCACAAGAACCAUAACUUCAUCUUGACUAAUUACAGAGUUAUUGCCCUUUGUUACUUUUCCUUGUCCAGAGCAUAACUUGAAAACUACUUUUUGGAAUUCAGUACAACUUCAUACAGUUGUCAAGGACCUUCAAAGGAAGUGCAGUGCACAAGAGCCAUAACUCCAUUUGACAAAAUACAGAGUUACUGCCCUUUGAUACUUUUCCUUGUCCGGAGCAUAAGUUAAAACGUACUGGUUGGAAUCCAAAACAACUUCAUACAAUGGUCAAGCACAAUAAGAGGAAGUGCAGUGCACAAGAACUAUAACUCUAUCUUCAGUAUUUAUAGAGUUAUUGCCCUUUUUUCUUUUUCUUUGUCUUUCUGGACUUAUUACAGAGUAAUUCAAUUAAACUUCAUCAAUGGCCAACCACAUUGAAAGGAAAUGCAACAUACAUGAACCACAAUUAUCUUUAAUUGCCCACAACCAUAACUCUAUGUUUUAAUUCUUUUACAAGGUAUUCUGUUACUAGUAACAUCCUCAUUUCCGAAGCAGACUUGUGGGGGUAUUAAUCACAUUUAGUGAUAGUUCUAGUUAAAGUUUUGAAACAGUUUGAAAACCAGUCUGUAAAUGAAAGCUUACAAUUUGUCAUUUUCAAAUUUUACCAUUUGAAUAAGCCAAUCAGAUGGCAGUAUUUGAGACUGGUUUACAAUAAAAUGAUUUAUAACGUUAUAGUUAUGUUGAUACUGGUAAUGUUUUUAAAAUUUAAAAAUUAUUACAUUUAGACUGAGAUAAUAGCAUCUUUGGAAACGGUUUUGUAUUUUUAUUUGUAUAUUUUAUUAUAUAGAAAUCCUAUCUUCUUAUUGCAGCUAGCUCAGUUAUUUCAGUUUUUUAUGACUGAAAUUGUUAUGUAUUGCUGGAGAAAUAGUUAUAAAAAGGGCUUGUAAAGAUUCAUCUUCAUUUCACUCUGUCAAGAAAAUUUCCCAUGAUCACUACUAUGAUGCAAAAUAUAUCGGGAAAUUGUUCAACUUUAGUACUUUUAACAAAAAAGUUGAAUAAUUAAUUGAAGUGUAAAUUCUAGAAAACUGUUAUGUCAUCCACGAUUUACAAAUUUUAGAAAAUUAAUAUUAUUGCACUUAAUCAUAAUAAUGAGUCUUCCUUGCUGAGUGGUGAAAUUUGUGAAAUUCAUUUUACUUGCCUCUGGCAACUUGUUUUGAAUAUUAGAGAUUCAAUUUAUGAUACCUCUUAGUCACAGUGAUGCUGUGAAGAUCAUGAUAUUGUAUGAUUUUUUUCAGGUUUUAAUGGUGGAUGCUUGAGUGUCCCUUUUUGCAUUAUUUCGGGCACAUUUAAAAUAAGCGGUCCACCAGUGAAGAACUUAGCGAAUGAGAAACAUAUGAUUGUGUUUUUUUUGUUAUUGAGAUUGAUGAGUUUCACUGUGCCAUAAAAUUGAUAUUGAGACAUACAAUUUAUGACACCAAUUUGAACUAUACCAUUAUGACACCAGAUUGAACUAUGCCAUUUUUGACACAAGAUUGAACCGUGUCAUUUCUGACACCAGAUCAUGAUUGAACUUUGUCAUUUAUGGCACCAAUUUGAACUAUGCCAUUUAUUACACCAGAUUGAUCUAUGACACCAGAUUGAACUCUGCCACCAGUUGAACUAUGCCAUUUAUGACACCAAAUUGAAACUGCCAUUUAUGACACCAAUUACAUUAAUGAGACAAAUGAUUAAAUUGUUAAGAAAUCAAGGAUGUAUUUAUUUAAGGUUUCUCAUACUGGCCAUUGUUGGAAAAAUAGGGAUAUUAAUUGUUGAGAUAACCACACAAAUUAUUACCACACAAAUUAAUAUAGAAUGUACUGAUUGUGAUUUUGAAAUUCAUAAUUUGAUGAUUAUUGUAUAUAUAUAAUUAUUAUGUUAAUUGUAGAUAAUUUGUUCUGAUACUUCAGUAUUGUACCUUGUUGAUAAUUUAUUGUACAUGUAUUAUUAUAGUAACUUACCUGUUACAGUUUAAACAGCUUUUUCUAUGUUUUGAAUGUGUUACCAUUGUGUGGCAGUGAGAUAUGGAAUGAUGUUAGUUUGAUAUAUAAAAUAGGGGAAUGGCCUAAGGUGUGAAAAUGCGUAUGCAAGAAGCUACAAUGAAUCUGAUAAGGCGUCAAAACGUGUAUAUUUUAGUUAAAUGGUUGAUAUGUAAUCUUCAUUUGUUUUACAUAUUUACUUUUCCAAGUCAUGUAGGAUCAUACUACAUGUAUAAGUUAAGAGUGAUAUCGUGGGGUAUGUGGCAAAACAGUUGUAACUGGUAUGACAUAAAAAAGAGGUUACAUCCGUUUCACAACAUUCCAUAUACAUUUAUUUACUAUUAUUAAAUAAUAGAAAAAAAUGACAUCAGGUUUUAUACUGUCUCUAGCAUUUUUAAAAAGUGUGUGGUAAAAUGUGGGCUUUUAAGUUAUACAUAAUAGGGAAUUUUAAGAGGUUUGAAGCAUAUCAUAUAAUGACAGACACAGCAUGUCCACAUAAUGUUGUUUUGGGAAAGAAAGAAAGGUUUUAUAAUUUAUCAUAACAUCUGGUUUGAGGUCUUGCGUGCAUAACAUGUAGAAACUCUAUCGAUGUGAUACCGGACUUAAUUAGAGACAAUUGCUGGUAAUUUUAUGCCUAAAAUUAUGAAAAAUCUACUUAAAUCUGUUCUACAUUAUCUUGAAAACAGCUAUCAGUAGUAAGCACAGGGAUUAGCAUAUCAUACGACAUUGAAUUAUGGCACUGUUAAAUUGUUCACUGUUUCGUAUUAUGUUGGUUGCUUGAGUAUUUUGUUUGACUGUUAAAAGUCAUUACAUUUGUAGCAUUGUAAUUUAAUUUAUUAAAGUAUUUAGAUAUAUCA